UGUCUUGGAAUUGUCUUCCAUCCGAGUCAUUGUGCGCAGUGGGUGUUUAAGCGGCGGUACUAUCCCGCAUCAUUCGAAUUGAGUGUCCUCAGUGUCUAUCAAGUAUCCCAUUAAUAUAACGAAUCAUGGGUCUAGAAGGAGAGGUUAUCAAUGAAGGAGGUGAAGUUACCAACGCAGGAACUGGAGGAGUCACUUUCGUUUCCGUAGAAUUCGAAGUCUACGGUCACGUACAAGGCGUCUACUUCACCAAGUUCUGCAAGGAUACAUGCGAUCAGCUGGGCCUGUCUGGAUGGGUAAAAAAUUCCAAAAAGGGAACCAUUGUCGGCAAAGUUCAGGGCGAGAAGGUCCGCAUCGAUGAGAUAGUACAAUGGUUGACACGGACAGGUAGCCCAGGAUGCAAGAUUGAUCAUACCGAGCUUCGCAACUGGGAGUACCUUGCACGGCCCGAGUUCCGCGGAUUCAGCAUCCGUUUCUGAACGGAACGAAAACGGUCUUCGUUUUUUUCAAUGUCCCAUGAAUCAUUUUAAAAAAUCCACCAAUUCACUUGUCAACGUAGAGGCAAAAGCCCACACCAUUUCAGCCAAAGCAGAACGAAGUUUAAAAUCUGUUAACUAGCUACAGCUAACGAGGAAACAAAUUGGGUGUAAAUACGGCGAUAGGAUUCACUGCUUGGGUGAUUUUACGAUCAUCGAAUUCAAACAUGACAACUGUGUAUACGGAGCUGUUUCAAAACGGUAAUACACUGCCCUUGGAAUUGUU